CGUUCUCAACCAAAUCGUGUGCAACUCUUGGCGAGUGCGGACGUUGUGUAUUUAACUUAACUCGGUUAUACGUCAACAAGUUAAACGCUAGUGAAAAGAAACAAAAAUUAUUUUUAUCAAACUAAACCCAACCAAAUAAAGAAAGAAAUUUACAAACUUGUUGCUAAUAAAUCUCACUUUACCAAUUUCAAUUCAACAGUUUUACACACAAAAUAUCCAAUUUAAAUAAUAGUAUAACAAAUAUUUAUGUAUAAUACAAAUUAAUAUAAAAAUCACAAAGAAGUGGCGUUAAAAAAAUUCAAAGAAAAAAAUUCUGUGAAAAAAUGUAUAAUUAAAAAUACAAAAAAGUUGUUUUUCGUUGCUGUGUACUCCGAAAGGCAGAUGAAAAAAAGAGUAUGAGAGAUGAUUUUUUGUUCAAAGUUUGAAAAAAAAAAAAUACAAAAACAAAAUGAGAGAAUCGAACAGAGAUGCGUGUGAAACUACAUAAUUUCUAUACUCGAUUCUACAUAAUGAUUCUACAUAAUGAUUCUACAUAAUGAACAAAGUUCAGUUCAAAUUAUCAAGAUUAAAUUAAAGGUGCUAAUAGAAUAAUUGAAUUGAUUGACUAAAUACUUAACUGGUUUGUUGUAUGAAAUAACGUUAAGAUUGACUAAAAAAUAAAAACACAAAUUAAAAAAAAAAAGAAAUCAACAUAGAAAACUACAAUUAUGCAGUUAAAUAUCAUGGAUCCACAACAAAUGAGUUUCAGUUGUUUUCAUUUCAUCGUAACAUUUCUUAUUGCUAUUCAGCCGUGGACAUUGACGACAUGUUCAGGUUACACAGGAGUAAUGACAGCAGCGGCGUCUACAAAAUCUCCAGGCGAAAUGAAACCAGAAUCGUUAUCAAUUUUAAUUGGUGGUAGUGCGAAUAUAACGUGUCGACUUUCAAAGCCCCUUAGUUCGGAUAUAUGGUUCCUAGAAGAAAAAACAAAAUGGCCAAUUAAACAACCAUCCGAUAAAAUCAAGAUAAUUGAUUCAUAUACGGCCGUACUAAUGAUACAAAAUGCUGUUGAACAAAACAGUCGGUAUCAAUGUAAGGUUGGAGAACAUGCAAUCGGAGAGUCAGAACUAUUCGUGGGUACAAAACCCCAAAAUGUUACAGAUUUCUCUUGUAUAUCAUAUGAUUACGAAUAUAUGGAAUGCAGUUUUACGAGACCAAAAAAUAUGAUAUUUACCAGUUUUGAUUUGGAAUACAGACUAGAUAGCUCUAUCCACAGGUGUAACUGUGAAGAUGAAAAAAAUCACAAAUUAAAAUGCAACGUAACCGAUUAUUUACCAAUGAGAGAGAAAUAUGUAUUCACUUUAAAAGGAACAAAUGAUGUUGGUGAAAAUAUACAAACAUUUACAAUAAAUAAUCACAAAAUUGUUAUACCAUCUGCUGUGGACAUAGUUCAACGAAAUAUUACCAGCCAUAGUAUUGCGCUUUCUUUGGAGAAACUCAAGAUUUCAUAUUAUAUCGAAAAGGGACUAACGUAUGAUAUUCAAAUACGCGAUAAUAACAGUAAUUGGCAGACACCUCAGAUGGGAGAUUUAGAGUGUCAGAAUGGCACUUGUAAUAUAAUUAUAAGUAAUUUGUAUGCAUUUUGGCUGUACUGGAUCAAGGUGAGGGUAAAAUCAAACGCCGUCAACAACGACGAUUUUUGGAGCAAAGAAAAUAUUAUAUCAUUUCGCACGAAAUCAGAGAGACCACAUAGGGCCCCUGAAGCACCGUUAGGUAGUUUUUAUAUCGAUAGCUCUGACACAGAGCUGCGCUUGUAUUGGGAACAAAUGCCUGAACAUGAGCACAAUGGUCCAGGUUUUCACUAUAUUGUAAAUGAAACAAACGGAAAUGGUGACGUUAUGCUUAGCACUAAAACAAAGGAAUCUUCCUUAACAUUAGCAUGGAAAAAUGAAAGUAUGCAAACGUUUAUUAUCAAAAGCGCAAAUGAUAAUGGCGAAAGCAUUUACCAUAAUGUAAUACGUGUGUAUCGCAGUGCAAGUUCCCGUUACGAACUCAAUGAAAAUAAUAUUGCAAAAGUUUAUCACAACAGUAGUUACACGUUAUCCUGGAGGCCACCGCCAAAUGUUGCAGAAUUAUUGAAUUACACAGUUUUUUGGUGUCUACCGAAAAUUGAAUUGCCAAACCAAUGCAGGGGACCAAUUUCGUACAAGUAUUUAGACAAAGACGCUACAAAUUUCACAACAGAACCGAAAGAUCGCAGUUUAAAUUUGGCAAUAUCAGCCAAUUAUCCACACUACAAUAAAGGCAUGCAAUGGGCUAGAUGUUCAGGUGAUGUUUCGAGCGAACUUAUGAAAAUGGAACUAGAGGUUAAUGCACUUAACGAAAGUGCAGUCUUAGUUAAAUGGAGUUCCGGAAGUGUAUGUGCCUCCAUACUUAAAGGAUAUAACUUGACAUAUUGCCAAGCAUCUUUAGACGAUAAGUGUGUAACAUCUGAAAUUACUGUCGAGCUUUUAAGAGAGGAAAAGGAGUAUCGAAAUUAUACAAUUUCCGAUUUACCGGCAUACACCAAAGUAUGUUUGAAUAUGUUCAUGUAUUCUUCGAGCAAGCAGGGUCGCAUUAGUGACAGGAAUUGUGUUAGAACCAAACAAAUGGCACCAUCUCCACCGAAACAUAUAAGAUAUAUAAAAAACAAAGUGACAAGCAAAUCGGCUGAAAUUCACUGGAGCCCGCCAGAUUUAAACAAUGGAAUUUUAAGUCACUAUUCAAUUUAUUGGCGAAAAUAUCCUGAUCAGACAUUUGAAAAAAAUACAACAUCUAUUGAUCAAACAUCCUACAACUUGACUGGCCUCAGUAGCUAUUCAAACUACGAAGUCUAUGUUACUGCUCACACUAUCGAAGAAUCUGUUCCCAGCAGGCGAAUAAACUUUACCACUCUCAUCGGAAUUCCAUCGGGACCACGCAACCUUAAUAGUUCCAAAGACGGUGUAAUAUCUUGGGAUCAACCAGAUUUGCCCUCUGGAAGGCAUAUAUUUUAUGUAGUUGCUCUUACGUGGAAAGACGAGAACAGUAAUACAGUAUAUGAACGGGUGUCUAUUGUUAGAGGUCGUAGUUGCCGCUUUAAUAAUCCUUGUUUAAAUUCAAAGAAGGAAUAUACGCUAAGGGUAAGAGCAGUCAAUGUAGGAGAAAAAGAGGAAGUUGAUCGGGAAAUUGUAGCUAUGAAUAAAGAUGCUAUAUUGGCCGGUGCUCCAAUUGACGAGGACUUUUGUCAAUUGGAGGCUAAUGAAUAUGAAAACUUUUUUGAGGCCAAGACUGUGCCCAUUUUCCACAAUGAUAAUCGCCAGUUUUAUUUUGCCUCUCCCUGGAUUAAUGAUAAGCGAAUUAUUACUUGCUCUGGCAUUUCAGAGGCCUUAAUAUACGCUUUGGCAUUGAUUAUAGUAUUUAUAUUUGCUGCUUAUAUAUCCUGUUGGAUUCGCAACAAAAUUAUUAAUAUGAAAAAUAUUAAAGUGGUUUUACCUGUGGGCUUAGUUCCUGAUUACAACCCACGCAAUGGAUCGGAACUGGGAUCAACAACGAAAAAAGAAUUCCAUUCGGAUAUAUCUCGUAGUAAUGAUUGUUUGGUGUCGUAUGGACACAAGGAAAAUCAUAAUUUAAUAACAAAUUUCCAUAGCGGUUCUUCGAACGCAUUAUCCUCACUUUCUUCGACGAACAGCUCCAAUGAUCACCAGAAGGAAGAACAAAUAGGUGAACAUCCUUCACUAGAAACAACUAAUGAAGAAUUAAGUUCCAAUUCUAGUUCAACUACGAAUUCAAAUCACCCAUAUCAUGACCAUCACCAGAUUAAAAGGUUAUCAUCGAUAGACAGUAACAAUACGAUACCUGCAUCUGGCUGUGAAGAGGAGGAGGAGGGGGAGGAAGAAGAUAAUGAUGAAAUCAAUAGUAAGGAGAAUGAAAAUGUUCAAAAUUUUACUUCACAGCCAUACAAUGGUUAUGUAACACACAAUUCACAAUUGUUGGCAUCAAUUUUAAAUGCUAGCGAUAGAAAUGUCUCAACAGCGCCGCAUUUCAACUCAACAUUCCCAACCAUGACCAAUGAUGGUUAUAUUCAACCAAGUGCUGCUAAGCAACUGUUUCAGCCAUCUUUCUCGCAACAGCAACCGCCAACUUCAAUAAAUGGCUAUACAUGUAUAGAAUCUUUAGGUAAAUUGGCAACUCCAGACGAAUCACAUGUUAAUAAUGCAACAUCGCAAGCCAUCGUAAACUCACCAGUUUCAAAUACAACAACAAUAAAUACAACUUCAUUGAAUGGAGUUAAUAUACCAACAACAAAAGUAUCAUCGAAUAUCUUGUCAUCACUACACACAUCACCAUGCAUUACAGAUAUACGUGAAUCUCCAAGCGCAGAAUACAAUAAAGAUAACCUGCAGCAAAAUGCCGCAACUCUUGUUUCAGCGACAAAUGUAUCACUGCAACCAAAUAAUAACAACAAUACAAUUUAUGGCUACGUAACACAACAACAACUUGCCACCUUUGGAACAAAUGUUGCACUAGGAAAAGAACUGAACACGUAAACUAUUAACACUCAAUCUUAGAACCCACAUUCAUAGUCCUUACAGGUGGACCUAAUGACUUCGAAAUGACUGUAAUUUAUGGACAUACACAUAUUGUUGUUUAUAUCUAAGUAAGGAUGUUGUUAGUGUCAAAAUACUCAUCAGUUUUUAAAAACAAAAUUAACAAAUAUUUCGUGACUUAUAACACUGCUGGGCAGGUACAAACAAAUGUUUAUAUUAUAAUUUUUAUUAAAUAUUAUUUUAUAAAAUGUUUGCUUAGUCCACUUUUUACAGGAAAUUAAAUUUGAAUAUAGAAAAAAUACCUACUUUUCAAUAAAAUUUCUUUCAAUGAGAAACGCUGCAAAAAUCGAGACUACAACGCAAACGCGUGUAAAGAGUACUCAGUAAAGGACUAUGACUAGUCGAAAAGUAAUACAAAUAUGUAUAUGAAAAUAAACAUCCAUUUAUCUUAUACAUUACAUCAAACUAAUACCGAAAUUUGAAAUUAAACUUUAUAAAAAAAUAAUUAAAUUUUGGAUAACUCGUAACAAAAACAUUUAAAUUUAUUUUUUAAAAAAUUAAAAUUAUUUGAUUGACUCCUCGAGAAAUUUUCUGAAAUUGACUUGGUGCGUUUGCAAACAACCUAAGAUUUUACAUAUUCUAAAUACAUUAGGAUCAUAACAUUUUUUAAGUCUCAAACAAAUUUUUGGAUAAUAAAAAAGUUAAAAAUAUUUGAAACUUUUUCUACGAAUUUUGAAAACAUCAGUUGCAAAUAAAUUUGAUUUGAUUGCAACGAUAUUUUUUACAUUUGCCCGAAAUUAUUUUGUUAAAUAAAAAUAAACAUUAACAAAUAUAGAAUUAUUAAAUAAAAAUAAAGCUUUUCCAAUUUGAUAUCAAAGAAUUUAUUCACAUAGAAUAAAUUAAGAAUCAUUUUCCAGUUUAAAUAUUAGUUUGUGCUUUUAAGUGCGUUAAGGAUGAAAGACCAAUCAGAUUAGUUAAUCUAAAAAUAAAUUUAAUCUAAUGCGUCUUGAGAUCACCCGCAGCGGGAAAAAUUGCAGUAACGAUGCCUUACAAAAGGCAUUAUUUUGCAGACACGAGUGUGCAUCUAGAGGUGUCAGAAAAAUAUCGAUUUUGUUUAGAUGGAUCUUAUUUUGUUCAUUAGUGUCUAAAAAUAACUGGUGUUAAAUUUUAGUCCAAUCGGAUAACCGGAACCUGUGGCGGAAAUCGAUUUAAAAGUGUAAAAUUGGGUAAAUAAUAGGACUUUUUUUUUUGAUUUCUUCAAAAAUUGUACUCUUAAAAUUAUCUUUUCUUAUCUUUAUUACAUCAGCAUUGCGAAAUCGUUUCAAUUUUACACAGGCUUUGUCUUCCGUUGAAGACCUAUUAAAAAAUCUUCCGUCGAAGACUUGUAAGAUGAACUAUAAUUUAAUGCAUAUAAGAAAGUCUUCGUUUGAGGUCAUAUAAGGAGACCUUCAGUCGAACAUCUUUAACUCAAAAACAGAAAAUAAAAUUAUUAUUAUAAUAAAAUUUUUAUUAGAUUAACUAAUCUGAGCAGUAUUGAUGUUAGUUCUUUAAACUGAAAACUGGCUUUUGGAAAAUAUAAAGUUAUUUUCGCUGUUAAUACUUGCAAAAAAAAAGAAGAACAUAUUUACCAAAAUUAUUUUUCCAAACACUCCAAAAUAUAAAAAAUGAAAUAAAGAGUUAUCAAUUACUAUUUAAAAGUUGUUUAUGAAACAGUAUAAUGUCAUAAAAAUAUUUUCGAAACGUCUUUUUUUUGAGUUAUGUCAGUCUUAUAGUUAAUGAGCGAUAUGUACAUUAGUUUCCAUUUUGUUUUUGAAAGCGGAGUUUUCGUUAUAAUUACAUACAUAUUGUUUUUUUACGCAAUUUGUUUAUUAAAUAAAAAUUCGUAAAUCUAGUCUAUAAUUAAAAAUUAAAGCUUAAGUUUGUUUUGCCUGCUCUUGCACUACUAAAUUGCAUAAUUAAAAAAAUAUACUUUAUAUGUUUGUAUGUAAACGAUAUUAAAAGACAAGAAUAUUUAAUAUGUUAUUAAAAAAACCAAUUGAUAUAAAAAAAAUUAUUUAUUACUUAAUCCAUCUGUGCCAUUACAAUUAGCUAAAGAACAAAUCUAGUUUAAUUUUACAUUUUAAAAUAAAUUAAAUUUAACAAUGGUGUAUAAAGCAUGAACUUGUAUACAAAAUGCAAUUUUGUAAAAUACAUACAUACAUAAAAACCAUAAUUUUAAAAAUAAUAACUAAUAAUAACUUCUUUAUAGUAGAACCAAAUAAAAACAAAUUCAUAUUUUAUUUUAGAUUUUUUAUACAGUACAUACUAUACUAAGAUACAGUUUUCAGCUUAAAGAUCAGCUAUUAAAUUAAAAUGAAUCUUCGAAAGUUACUGUUGUCUUCUCAAUUUUUUUUUCUUUGCUAGUUUAUGCAGCGAUUUCAGAUGGUUUAAACUUGGUCAAGAAAUACCAAGUGCAAAAAUAAUAAGUUCAAAUUACAUUAAUUUAAAUAAAACAACAAAAAGAGUAAUGAUUAAUAUUAGAUAAAAAUUGUUAUCAUUAGAUUUUUAAGCUCAAAACUGGUUCUAAAUCAAUCGCCUUGGUUCUAUCUAUCCCUAAAACCCCAAAAAUACCGCUCACUUCAGAUCACAAGUUAUUAAACUACGAUAAAAAGUAAAAACAAAAAACAUCUACAACAAACACAGGCAAUUGUUUUUGUUCUUUUCUACUGUCAAAAUUUUCCUUUUGUUAUACUUUUAACUAUCUGCCAAAGUUCGCCUGUUGUUUUUGUAACUUCUACGAAAAAAGUAUUCAGCUGAGCUUAUGAGAUAGAUCACUGUAUUAAUACACUUUUCUACUUAUUUUUUAUGGAAUAAAUAACGAUAAAUGAAGUUGAUUAUUUCAAAGUUUGUAAAGUUGUUAAUUAUUAGGUAAUAUUUAUAUUUCGUAUAUUUUAAGUAAUAAAUAAAAGCACUUAUAUACAUAUUUAUAGAUUAUUUGUAUUUGUAAAAUGUUGUUGUUCAUUAAUAUUUUAGUUUGCACUGCAUAUUUUUAAGGUUAUUUCUCUAUCCUCAAAAAAUAAUUUUAAGAUAAAAAUUAUUAAAAAAGACAUUAGUUGAUAUACAUCCACUGUAUUUUUUCUUAUUAAAAAACUAAAUAAAUAUUGUUCCCAUUUUGUAAACAAUUAUUUUUUUAAAAACUAGAUUUAUUGCAAAAGAAAAUAAGACUAAUACUCGAAAUAAAUUCUCUAGACCAUUUCUAUAAAUUGUUUAAAAAAUAUUGAAUUCCCCUGUAAGCUAUUUGGUUGUGGGCUAGUCUAUCUAUGGGUUCUAUUCCCACCAUAGUCUCUGAUCUGUUUACUAAAAUUGGAUAUGGUCAUCAUCUCUUUGCUCGGUAAAUUAAUUUAAAAGUAUAAAUUGUAAUUGACAAAUAAAAGGUUUAUUAAAUUCGACCAAUAAAAACUUGCGAAAACCAGUUAGAGAUAUAGAUAGUAUAUUCAGAAACAGUUAAUUACUUCCUAUCAGAUACCCAUCCAAUGAAAAAUUUAUUUAUUAAGAGCAGUUCUUUGCAAUAAAAAGUAAAACAUAUUCUAACUGGAGAUAAUUAAUAAAAUUAUUUUUAUAUAAGUUUCAGAAAGUGACGUCUAAUUCUAAUAAAUAAUAGGGUCUUAUUCUUAAACAUUUAUCAAAGAUUUACAGAAAAAAUUUAGUAUGAAUUUUUUUUAUAAACCAUUGAUAAAUAUUUAUUAUAUAAUCAGGUCCUAAACAUAUAAUUUUUGUUACAAACUUUGUAUUAAACU